AUGUUCAAGGCGAACGAUCAAGGCGAAGAUGAUAGUGUCAUCGACAGCAUCCCCGAGACCCGUGACGAUAGGCAAGACAAACUGCGCAAGGCGUUCGCCGAAGGUCUCGGCACGAUGAUCCUCGUUCUGAUCGGGGACGGCGUCGUCGCGCAGACCGUGAUCUCGCAGCAAAUGGAACUUCGCAACGCCAAGCUCACGUCCAAUCCGAUGGACGUGACGGCGUUUGCCGGUGACUGGAUGUCCAUCUCGCUCGGGUUCGGCAUUGCAUUGAUGCUGGGGAUUUACGUGUCCGGCGGCGUCAGCGGCGGCCACCUCAACCCCGCCGUGUCCAUCACCAUGGCCGUGUUCAAGAAGCUCGAAUGGUCCUACCUUCCGUACUACAUUGGAGGCCAAACCGCCGGCGCGUUCCUAGGCGCGGUGUUCGUGUAUCUGGGGUACCGUCCGGCGUUCGUGGACCUCAACAUCUGGGACCAAACCACUGCCGGCAUCUUCGCAACCUACCCCAAGUCCCACAUGACGCUCGUGGAAGGCUUCAUCGACGAAAUCGUCGGUUCGUUCCUCUUGCUCCUCGGGAUCUUUGCGAUCACCGACAAGCGCAACAACCCCGCCGACCCCGGCAGCCGCCCCGCCAUCAUCGGCAUGCUCCUCGCGGGGAUUGCCAUGUCCUUUGGGUACAACACCGGCUUUGCGCUCAAUCCCGCGCGCGACUUUGGCCCGCGCCUGUUCACGCUCAUGGCUGGGUGGGGCGGCAACGUGUUUGUGUACGGCAAUGGAUACUUUUGGGUACCGAUCUUCGCCCCCGUUUUUGGCGGCCUCGCCGGUGCGUUCGUGUACACGUACUGCAUCGAGCGAUUCCAUCCGCAAUACGUUCCGGGCAACCGACCUAGCUCCUCCACCAUCGACGAAGACAUGGCCGAACAGUCGCCAACCACCCGGCGCUUCUCCACCGCACAUGGGGUGUUCACUUUUGAAUCGUCGUCGACCAUCUACAUGUUCGCUAAGGCCCUUCGCAGCAACGUCCACGUCGUCGCCGGCGUCGGUGCGUUCACCCUCGGCAUCGCCGGAGGUCUCAACCGCCCCGCGACGGAAUCCUCGUCGACGCACUCGGCGCUGAACGAAAUCGCGCUACGUUUGCGUGCGAUCGAGCAAGACUUGGGCCUCAAAUCCCCCAACGAAGGCAAGCCCGAGUACAACAACUACCCCGUGCUCACACCCAAGCACAAGUCGCUCAUGGCCAAGCACAUCACGCCCGAGAUCUACACCAAGCUGGCGGGCCGCAAGACGUCGCUCGGAUACACGCUGGACCAAGCGAUCCAAACGGGGGUGGACACGCCACACCUGGGCGUGGGGAUCGUCGCGGGGGACGAGGACUCGUUUACCGUGUUCAAGGAGCUCAUGGACCCGAUCAUCGAAGGGUGGCACGGGUACAAGCCCGAGGACAAGCACCACUCGGACUUGGACUACACCAAGAUUAAGAACGGCGACAUUCCCGCGUCGUACGUCGAGAGCACGCGCAUCCGGGCGGGUCGCAGCGUCCGCGGCCUCGCGCUCCCACCGGGCACGUCGCGCGGCGAGCGGCGCGAAGUCGAGCGCGUGCUGUCCAAGGCGCUAAGCAACCUCACGAGCGACCUCCGCGGCAAGUACUACCCGUUGUCCAAGAUGACCAAGCAGGAGGAACAGCAGCUGAUCGACGACCACUUCCUGUUCCAAAAGCCCGGAGGCGGCACGUUGCUCACGAACGCCGGCGCGGCGCGCGACUGGCCCGACGGCCGCGGCAUCUUCCACAACGACGCCAAGUCGUUCCUGGUGUGGGUCAACGAAGAAGACCACAUGCGCGUCAUCUCGAUGGAGAACACGGGCAACGUCAAGUCCGUGUUCGAGCGCUUUGUGCGCGGCGUAAACGGCGUGGAGAAGGUCGUCAAGGCCGAAGGGCGCGAGUACAUGUACGACGACCACCUGGGCUUCCUCUGCACGUGUCCGUCCAACCUCGGGACGGGUCUCCGCGCCAGCGUCAUGAUCAAGUUCCCCAAACUGUCGGAAAACUCGGACCAGUUCUACGCACUCUGCGACGUGCUCGGACUCCAAGCGCGCGGUUCCAAGGGCGAACACUCGCCGCCGGGCCCCGGCGGGGUCUAUGACGUGUCCAACAAGGCACGUAUCGGGUUUUCCGAAGUCGAGUUGGUGCAGACCAUGAUCGACGGCGUGUGGAAGCUCAUCGAGCUCGAAGAAGACCUGAAGAAGGGCUUGAGCAUCGCCGACAAGGUCGCCAAGCUCGGUGUCAAGGCGGGCGGCGCCAAAGGGGGACACUAAGUGGCCCAUCUGGAAGCUUUCGUGGCCAUCUGGGAGAGCCUUCGUGGCCAUCGGAAGAGUCGAGAGAGGAUGCAUGCAUAACUAGGACUGUAAAUGAAGUUCAACCAUUUCGUAUGGCUUGAUGCAAUGUCGA